AUGGAGAAGCCGUCAUUUCCUAGAAGGUUUUUCAGCAAAGGUUCCGAGCCUGCAUCCGAGAAGAGCAUCGGAUACUACAGCAACAACACUAAGCUGUUUGAGAGUCUUGUCGCUCUCUUCACCGACGAUGAAUGGGCUGAGCUCGAGGGAUCUCCGCUCGGUGUCUUCUUCAGAUUCGCGAGGAGGACUUUCAAUUGGGCAUCAAUGAUUGUGAAGUGUAUCCUUACAUGUCAAAUAGCGUGCAAGAAACCCUUUGAGAUAUGGAGUGUGGUUGGGCACAACCCUGUAAGGUUCUCGUUAAACGAGUUUGCACACAUAACCGGUUUGAACUGCGAGUACACGGAGAAUCUCCAGACCCCCUCCUGUGCUGACGUUGAUGAAGAUGAGUUCUCUGAGUUUUGGCAUAAACUCGGUGUUCCUCUCACCAGUGGUCCUUCAAUUGAUAACCUAAUCCGAGCAUGCGGAUGGGCCCAAGACUGGUCAGCGGAGGACAAAAAGAGACUGGCUUAUUUAGCCGUGUACGCUGGUUUCAUUAUCGCAGCGAGGGAAAGUACUGCUACGCCGCUGGGGAUGGCAAAGUUGGUAAUGGACCUAGAAGAGUUCGAGGCUUAUCCUUGGGGGAGGGUAGCCUUCUUGAACCUCAUUCAAUCUGUGAAAAGCGCCAACCUCAGCAAGCACUACGUUCUGUGCGGGUUUGUUGAAGUUCUUCAACUGUGGACCUACUACGCUAUGCCCACCUUCGGCGAAGAAUACGGUGAUCCCUAUGCCGCUCCGCAAUCUCCGCCUUUGAUGGCAUUCAGGGGAAUGAAAGGGCGUAAGAAUAUAAUGCCUCGACUUCUUGCGCAGGUACGUAAUGAGUUCAAUAAGAAAUGGUGGGACAACGACGUGGAGGAUGAUGACGUCGAUAACGUCAUCAAGGCCUUGUAUGGUGAGCUGGGUGGAGUGUGGAGAUGGAAGCCAUCCGACUGGAUCCGCGAAGGAAUAAUGGUUUUGGAUAACGUGAAGGCAGAGAAGGGUUUUCCCAGGAAGAGACUGCUGGAUUCAGAUGACCUGUCCGUGAAGAGACCAUGCCAUGCCUAUGGGAUGGAAGGACAGUCCUCCGACGCUGGUUUGGGGACAAUCCAGUCCGCAUUGCAGGCAAUGUUUGAUCAGUUCACUGUGUAUCAGUCAGGUCAAAUCACCAACCGGUUCGAUAGGCUCGAAUACAAGGUCGAGCUCCUCACCAACCAGGUGACCUCGCUGGAGUCUGCUGUCGAGAAGCUUAGACAGGGCUCAUCGGAAGAUACAGCAGAUAAGGAGCAUGACAAGUCCAACGAGGCUGUUGGAGGAGAAGGAAAGGAAGAAGAGCCGGCCGGUGCUGCAAAGGUUCACGAGACGCUAAGGUCCCCGAACCUUCUAAGGUUCCCGGAAGCUUCUAAUGUUCCCGAAUCUUCUAAUGUUCCCGAAGCUUCCCGAAGCUGCUGCCCCGGACGACAGCUGCGAGUUCCUGAGGCAAGUUACGCCGUCGAAAGCAGACACGAUCGAGUAUCUAAAAAGAAGGCAACCGAAGGACACGGCCAAGAUAUGGAUGCGAAAAGGCGGAGGACAGAGAGGAUCAUGACACUAGCGGAGUCACAAGGUGGUGUUUACAUUGGUAAUAGUACGGCGAAGCGUAUAGUACCUAACGAUGGAGCUAGAGGACGUGGAUAUGAUCCCUUCGCGCCAUUGGACAAGGGGACGAAGAAAGCCGUCAUAGAGUACUGCAAGAAGCUUCCUGGUUCAGGAAAGAGGAAGACCAUAAAAACAGCCAAGGAGUAUCCCAUAAGAUUUUGGUGGUAUGACCUUCUGAAUCAGAAGGAGUGGCUGGAAGACACGCACAUAAACGCCGCAAUUUAUUUACUGAGGGCACGCUUGAUGGAUCACCCAGAGUGGUUCAGAAGUGAUCGUAUCUGCUUUGUGGACACAUACUUUGGGCACUACUGGAGUGCAAAGUACGAGGAGUUCAAGCUGGUAGAGGCUAACGAGAAGGGCGAAGGGAAGCCCCUACCAAAUCUAUCGUGGGAUUACUAUAAAGGUGCACAACCAGAGCCUCGGCCAACAAACAAGAUUUGGGGGGUCGACAUUGACGAACUUUACGUCCCUUUCAACGUGAAAACUGACCAUUGGGUAGCUCUGCUCAUUUCCUUGCCGAAGAGGCAUAUCACUGUGUACGAUAGUCUACCCCAUCACGUGAAGCCGGAAGAGUUACCUGCACUCUUAGAACCAUUGGCGGUGAUGUUUCCCUAUUUGAUGAGGACAUGCGUUGACGAGGACAUGAAGUACUUGUGGACUCUGGAACCGUUUACUUAUGACCGGCCAAUCGGCCAAGAGAUCGUGCCACAACAGAGCAACACAAUGACUGCGGAGUGUUCACGCUGA